CUGUCUUUGGGAUACAGCACACUGAGUGAGCAGGAGGAGAGCGAGCGGGAUGCUGACAAAUUCCUGAUAGAUGGCUAAAAUGGCGAAAGUGUGUUCGACCCCGGCGAACCUCCAGACUGUCUAGCCCCUGCUGGCUGGGACAUGUCGUAGCGGAAGCUGGAUAUAGCUCUGUGGGUUUUUGGGGGGUUGUUGUUGUUGUUGUUUUUUUUGGCCCUCUCUCGUCUUCCUCACCUGCACCUUGUCUUUUGCAAGUGCUGGAAUAUUUCCGAUAAGUGUUGACAUGGCAUCCACCGGGCGCCGCCGCCUUGUUCCGUGCUUUUGGGGAAUCCUGGUGAACGCUUUGAUCGGUGUGAUGUGCGAAGCAGAACUCUCCUUCACACUGGAGCCCAGUGACAUCAUUGCUGUUCAGCAGCAGCCCCUCAUGCUCCACUGCCAAGUGGACGGUAUCCCCCCAAUCACGACGCAGUGGAGACACAACGGUCUACUUUUAACUCAGGAUCAGCAUCACACCACCUUCAUCAACGGCUCCCUCCUGAUCGCUCGCUUCCAGAAGACCAAAUCGCAUGGCUCCUCCGACGAGGGCGACUACGAGUGCAUGGCCCAGAAUUUGUUUGGGCUGGUGGUGAGCCGCAAGGCGCGUAUUCAGGCAGCCACUAUGGCAGACUUCCACGCGCAGCCAGAGUCGGUGCAUGCUGAGGAGUCCGGUGUUGCUAGAUUCCAGUGCCAGAUCCACGGUCUGCCGGAGCCUGUCAUCAGCUGGGACAAAGACAGACGUCCGGUGAACACCGAGGACGAGAGGUACACUCUUCUGCCCACAGGCGUCCUACAGAUCACAGGAGUGCGUCCCGAGGACAGUGGCCAGUUCUGCUGUGUAGCCCAUAACAGUGCAGGAGUGAAACACAGCACUGAAGCACUUCUCACUGUCUCAGGCUCUCAGUCAUCUGUUUACAAAGAGCCCAUGAUAGUGGUCGGACCAGAAAACCUCACCCUCACGGUUCACCAAACCGCCAUCUUGGAGUGUGUUGCUACGGGAUACCCUCGGCCCAUUGUGUCUUGGAGCAGACUAGACGGGCGUCCCAUCGGCGUUGAGGGCAUCCAGGUACUCGGCACAGGGAACCUCAUGAUCUCAGAUGUGGGCGUGCAGCACUCGGGGGUCUACGUGUGUGCUGCUAACAAACCAGGGACCCGUGUUCGUAGGACUGCUCAGGGACGUCUGGUGGUCCAAGCUCCGGCAAAGUUCGCUCAGGCUCCGCAGUCCAUCGCUCGGCCCGUCGGCACCAACGCGGUCUUCACCUGCCAGGCCGAGGGCGAGCCGGAGCCGCAGCUCACCUGGCUGAAGAACGGGCAGAUUCUGGAGCCCUGGGGACACGUCAAACUCCGGAACAACAACAGCACACUGACCAUAUACGGCAUUAGCCAGGACGACGAGGCCAUCUACCAGUGUAUCGCCGAGAACAGCGCUGGUUCCACGCAGGCCAGUGCUCGCCUCACGGUGCUCUGGGCUGACGGGCUGCCCGGGGAGCCCACCCGUCUGCACGCCGAGGCCCUCUCACCCACCAACAUCCAGGUGUCCUGGAAAGAGCCCGAGCAAAACACCAAGGACAUCAUCGGUUACGUGCUUCACAUCCGCAGGACUUCAGACCCGCCGGAGAUGGAGUACGAGGAGGCCGUCAGUAAGGCGACCCUGCAGCAAAUCAUCAGGGACCUGGAGCCCUCCACUAGUUACACCUUCUACGUCAAGGCCUACACAUCCCACGGGGCCAGCAAACCUUCGGAGAGUGUUACCGAGAGCACUCAUGGGGAGGUGCCAGCACCUCCUUCCCUCUACACCAAGGUGGUGAACGGCAGUGUUAUACAAGCAAGGUGGGAACCUUCCUCCAAGAUGGGCCAACUUCAAGGCUUCAGACUGUAUUACAGGAGAGCCCACACACUGCUGUUCACUGGUCCCAUCACACUCCUUCGCAACGUCACCCAGUACAACAUCACUGAGCUGGAUCCUUCGCUGGUCUAUGAGAUAAAGCUUCACGCAUUCAACGAGCACGGAGACGGCAACGCCACCCUGCGACUGGUUUCACUUCGGGAGGCGUUGGAGAAAUCUGUGUUGGACGCCCCGUGCGACUGUGUGAAAGAUGAACAAAACAAGACCUCCACUACGGGCAUCAUAAUCGGCAUUCACAUUGGAGUCACCUGCAUCAUCUUCUGUGUGCUCUUCCUCGUCUUCAGCUACCGCGGCAGGUUAAGGAUGUGUAAGACGGUUCAGGCCCCCCCCCAGGCGCCGCACAGCGUAGUUUUGGAGUCCUCUUCUUCUUCCCAGGGGGCCUGUGGGAUGAACGGGGCUGCCAGGAGGAAGAUGGAGGUCAAUGGCAGCGCGGCAGGGAAGAAAGUGGCGGAGAGCAACGAGCUGGAGAGACUUUUCACACAACCCACACAAGAUACAUGCAUGUCCGACCCCUACAUGCUGAACGACACCCAGCUGUCUACGAUACCGCUGGACAAGUUUUCGUUGCAGCGAGAGACAAAGUUCCUGGAGCCUCCUUCAGCGGCAGCGUGUCUGCAGGACCAAGGCUAAUCGUGCAUGAAGGCCAAUUCACACGACGCUCUCCACAGUGUCCACUCUUCUCUCACUCAGGUUGACAAGUUUUUUCCUUUCAAAGCAGGUUUUCUUUUUGUGCAACGUUUUUUUUUUUUUUUUUUAUUGGUACGUUACGAAGUUUGAUCAAAUCUGGGACUGUUUAUCGGAGGGGUUUUGGAUUGAGGUUUGGGAGAGCUCUUUUUGACAGGUUAGUUUCAUUAUUAUAUUGUUAUUUUGGUUCAGCGCACAGACUGGAUUCCCCACAAUGUCCUUCCUAUACAAUGAUGAUUUUAUUUGUAAGUUUAUGGAUAUAUAUAUAUAAAUACAUAUUUAUAUAUCUUCAUCACUGAAAGGUCAAAGUGAUUCUAAGUUAUUGGUUGCAUGUCCACUCCUCUGUGGACGUCAAAGACUGCUGCCGCCUGUCCUCCCCACCUCCUCGCUCUCAGAGGACCUCAGCCGUCGUCCACGGAUUUGAUGUGUUCUGUCUCGGGACUUCUUUUUUUUCAUUGAUAUCAACAUUUUUUAUGAGUUCUCAGCCUUUAUACAGGGACCAAAACGCGUCUGUUGGAACCUUUACGAUUCAACAAAAAACCUACCUCAGCCAGAGUGAAUGUCUUGCAGAAAGCUUUUAGAGACUUUACCUUCCCCUGUGCUCAAAAUGACUUUACAUGCGGAGGAACUGAUGGGUUCUAAAAUCACAAGGUCAGGUUCCGCGCUACCUCAGAUGUCAGGAAUUGUCUCUCUUCUUCUUCUUCUUCGUCUUCUUGUCGAAAAGCAAAAUGAACAAAAAACAAAAAACGAGUAUCCAACAUAAAGCACUUCCAAAUGCUGAUGUUAAUGUUCUACCUCAAAAUAACAAUGUUAAUGUUGUUGCUGUUGCUGGUGUUUGUCUGUUUGUUGCAUAAUGAAGACCCCUCUUCUCCCCCCUCUGUGGAUCCUGGCUUCCCUCUUGUGUUUGUAUAUACAAUGUCAGUACCUCAUGCAAGUCGACAGACUACAGAAAACACAGUGUACAGAAUGUUUGGACGAUAAAUGAUGCUCUUCCAUUGCAAGCCUUUUUUUAACAACGGUAAUUUAUUUUUUUUCCUCCCGUUGAAUGAAUAGAGCGUUAGAGAUACACUGCAUUUCUAAUUAUAUUUUCAGGAUUAUUUACGGCUCAAUGAGACGUGACACAUAAUGUUGUAUUCUAAGAGGAAAUCAAAUAAGUGUCUAAAAUGAGACAUUGUUGAAUUUUGCAGAUGUGUUUUUAUUGAUCAUAUUAAAUAAUUGUCAUACAUUUGUAAUGUUUGUAAAAAACAAAAUCAAGCAGAGGUCUUUUAAAAAUGUUCCAAGUUUUAUGACUUAAAGGAAUAGUUAAUAUUUUUUCUAGUAAACACUGAGCGUAGCUUAGCAUAUUUAGUACGGCUCUUAACUUCGCCAAUAAUCCCAAAUUGUCCUCGUCACAUUACUGCUUGAGAACAAACGAAGCGAAUGAUUUGUUACAUGCAUAAUUAGUGGGCUGUAGCGGUGCAGGUAUUGUGAACCGCUGCACGCUGUUUCUCCCCACUUCAAGUAUUUGACCUUUUGAUGGACGAGAAUAUUUCUAUCACUCGCAUGUCUUUAGGGUUUAGUAUGAAUCUGCAUUCAGCGGUAAAACAACUAGUGGUGUUUAUCCUCUUAAAAAACAAGGCCGUCUGUUUCCCAAAAUGUUCAAAUAUUCCUUUUGAUUGGAAUCUGCUGCAGUGUAUUUCUAACCUCAUUCGGGAAUGUCUUUUUGCUGCAGUGCUCUUAGUGAUUUUGAUUUCACAUCACAUUAUCUGCCUCCUUUUUAAAACAAAGUAAUAGCCUUUGAGACUCACAGUGCCCAGGAGACAUCACAGUUGCUGAUCAUGCUCGACUAUUGUUAGUCUCUCCCCCAAAACCACAACUGCUGCUCAGCCUUCGCCCCCCCCUGUCGACGCUGACAAGUAAUAGUGCUUCAGGAACGCGGCGUUUGUAACAUGGCUGGACGUUAACGACCACAGACAGAGAGCUGGCUGAGGGACGCAGACGUGCUCGGGUGUCUCUCUCUCUCUCUGCGUUGUCACAGAUGGUGCAGGACUGGCUCGGCUGCAUCGUGGUUCGCUACCUCAACCCGGUUUUUGGCCUUGAUCUCAGGUCGUAAUGAAGGAAACAUACAGAGUACCAACAAUGUGAUACUGGGAUUCAACCACCUAUAACAAUGUAUAUAUUGUAAUUGACGCGACAUGCUGACAGACAGAAAGGAACACUACACAGACAAUGGAGGGAGAUCUUUAUCUUAUGCACUAAUUAUUAAAACGGUUUAAGUACAUACAGUUUAUUGUUUUUUAGUGAAUGUGCAACUUUGGUUAUCAGAUACGUUUUUUUCUCAUAUCAAAAGCUUUUAACUUAAUUUUUUUCUCACUGGUGUUUGACUUUAUAUCCUCAGUUGAAAGUGCAUCUAUUAAUGAGGAAACAGAGAAAGGUAAAGUGUGGGACAGGAACAACGCUAACAUGCACACAACGAGUCGUGUUUACCUGACCUAUGCUGAACUGGGAUGGGCCGAGUGGGAUGAGAACCCUAGUUGCACGUUCAAGUUAAAAUUUGUAAGGUUUUACAUCUUCCACUAAAUUAAGUUACGUAUUUUACUUUGUUCCCUGCGUUCGCCAAACCUCUGCUGCCUCACUUAAGUGAAAAACUCACUUUUCCUUUUCCUUUAUAUGCAAACAAAAUUCCUCAAAUAGAUAGUCUGACUCUCCUCACUACUCUACUCACUAUCUGCUCUAUAUAUUUUGCGAGGGCAACAUCGCUUUUUUAGAUUUAAAAAAUCCGUAUUUUUGCCCCGGUAGAAAUGUGACAAUGUGUGGAGAUGAUGUGUGAGCGGGACAAUAGAUCGGAUAGUUUGCUAUGUUUGAUGUGGCACACGUGCCAGCUUUCUCCAUUUUGUGUUUAUAUAUAAAUUAUCUAGUUUACUUAGAGGCAGCACAGCAUGUAAUGAGUUAGAUGGCCAUUUUGAUUGAAAAUGUUUUUUUUAUAAUUUAUUAGCUGUACACUACUUGUGUGAUCUAAUUAUUUGGCUCCACAACAUUCCAUGUGAGUGUUGUUUCUGUCCCCACAGCAAAGACCUCUUUGUGGUUCUGCAAACCCGCAAUAUUCAGUUUCCAUUGUGGUGAUCAGCUUAGGUGCUGUAAUGUAAUGCCCUCACAUGUGUUCUCCUCUCAUAAUUCUGUUUUAUUUACUUGUUCACUUUGGGGUUGAUAUCAUGUUAUAACAAUGGUUCUUGUUGAAAUAGCAGAACAAAGGCUUGAGCCUAAAUGUGUCCUGCUUGUAUAUUUAUUAACUAUCAGAGGGAUGUUUUCACUCCAGGCUGCCGCAGCCUUAAUCCGUGUUUACUGAUUAGAGUCAUUUCACAAGAGAAACAAUGGAUUCACUGCUAUCGUGGCGCAGUGACGAUCAUGUUUACGUGAUCCGACUCCUGAUAGGUCAGGCUGUUGUUUUGCUGUACAGUAUAGGAAUCUGUGUGGUCUGACGGACCCUCAAAGCUCUUCUGUCGACCGACUGAUUCUGUAACUCCCAUCAGCAGAAGGGACCAGCUCGCUAAAACACUCCAUGGAAAAAAGGAGGGCAUUGUCUCAUACAUUUUGCAGUUGGGGAAGUGUUAUAACACCAAGUUCCUCCCCUGUCAGUGAGCCAGCCUCUGUUUUUUCUCUGUUCAGGAAUCUGACCUUUGGGCAGGGAGAGUGUGCGCUCAGGGACUCUCUGAUCCUCUUAAAUGUGCAUCAGCGGGCCGCCCUCGGCCUCCCUUUGAAUCCUGCUUUGUGCCCAGUUCACACACAUUUUGCUGUCAGGGACGACUUCUGUUUUUUGGCCAUUUAAGAGAAAGUGUUGCAACAUUGCGUCCCUCACUUUGCUAGAAACGUGGAGGAAAAACGUGUCCUUACAGGUAAUGCAAAUCGGAUGUAGAGAUCAUCAUAAGGUUAAAACUUCUGUGGGGAAAUACUCUGUGACAACUUCAGCGAAAAUCACAUCACAGCAAACGUGUGGUUUCUCCUCAGGGGAAGAUUACUGUUAAAGCCUCAAAAGUAUGUCUGGAUACAUUAGAAGUGAUAGACCUUUGUGGUAAUGUGUCUUGUUAUGGAAAUCUGAAAACUAAGAAUCAUCUGGAGCUCUGUUCCUGCUAAUGCUGGAACAAUUAUUCAAUUCAUCGGUAGAAUAAUUUUUUUCAAAGUAAUUUUUUAAGCACAAAUGCCAAAAAAAAUCCCAUUUCAAACAUCUAAAUUCGGAGAAUUUACUAAUGUUGUUAUCAUAUAUAUAUUUCAAUAUGAAAUGGAAUGGUGAACUGAAUAUUUUGGGGAUUUUAGAGAAAUUAAACAUUUGAAGCUAAGUUAUGUAAAGCUUUAUAAAAUCACUUUUGCUCUUUUUUUCUCACAUUUUAUAGACCAACAUAAUAAUCAAUUAACUGAGAGAAUAAGGAAAAAUGCUGAUUGACUGAUUACAAAUGUAAUCUAAUCAUUAAUCAAAAGAAGGCAUCCUGGACUGGGCAUGUUGCGGAUUUAUUCUACACUGUUUUGACUUAAUGUGUCCGUGCACUUCUCCACUCAUUAAAUGAUAUGAUGAUGACAAUAGUGGACAGGCCAGGCAGACAUUGUCUCUCUAUAGAGGGUCUGUCAUGGACAUAAGAACAAUGCUGUGGAUCUCAACGGCGAGGAUGUUUUGGUUUCUCCCAAAGUCCUUCUGCCCUCUGGCUUAAAUAUCCUCAAAUUGUGUGUUGAUUGUUGUGGCACAAAUGCUCUUUGAAUAAGAUUGUGAAUUGAUCACAUUUCCAAUGCAUUUAUCUCUAGGGCAUUCGGCUGUGACCCCAGUGACGCCACAUGUCAAAUAACGCUGAGUUUAAAGAUUUUACAAGUGAUUUAUACUGUUGUCAAAUGGUUAUUUGUGAUUUAAUGUAAAUGUACUUUAAUGUUUGGCAUCAGUAUUAUAUUUUAUAUACCUGUGUCAAGAAAGCAGACUGAAUCUCAUGUGUUCAAAGGUCGUAGGCAGAGAGAAACCUACAGCAAAACUGCAUGAGAAACAAAAAGCUAACCUGUUAUUUAAGAUGAAAUGAAAAGUGUCAGUUAACCCUUAAUGGUCUUGUGAUGGUACCACUGUGAUAUUUAGCCAAAUUACGGUAAAAAUAAUGUUGUGGUCUCAAUAUGGUGCUACUGAUGGUCCCGUCUCACAUUGUGGGUCAAUACGUUUUGAUGGUGUGUUAUCGAUGAAAAUAGACUCAAUAACCUUCUUCUAUUGACAGUCAUCCUCUGGUCCUGUCCAUCCUGUUACAUUUCGAAAGGGACAAUAGUCUUCAUUUUCCUUCAAAAAAACAUCUUUGCCUGAGGAGAAUGUUUGUUCUGAAUCGAUGUUGCCGAUGGGAUCUAAAGCCGCUGGGUCGUACGUCAUUUGCCUCCUGCGUAGAUUCCACACCUGUCCUGUGACAUCAAGCAUAACAACUCAAUAACAGCUCGUCAGUAUAAACAUUAUCAUUUAAGCAAACCUGCAUCGCAAAUGUCUUCCCGUGUAGAGCACCACCUUUCUGUUUGUGACGCGCAGUCUGAGCUUCACUUAGUCUUGAAGGGCAAAUUAUUCCAGUCGAAUGUUGCCGUGUGAAAGCAUGUAGGCAUGUAAGUACGUUUGACCUGCUCCUGCCCAGCGUUGCCGGCUUCCAUCGGGAAUUUUACUAAUGCAUAAAACAGGAACUGAUGUGAGUCGUUUAAUUGGAUCUUUCCACCAUCUGAUUGAUUGAUUAGAGAUGUUCUACAAGGCUGUGAAAAUGUUUUUUACAGCCACUGACUUCAAACCAAUAAGGAGAGCGGAAACACAAACAUGUGAAGAUCAAAUAGACUGCGGCAGGUGAUUGUGUCUUCCUGUAGGACCGUGCUACUCGUACCAAGUCUUUUCAAGAAGUCUUUUCUGUUUCUGAGAUAUAUUUUCUUGAUUUUUAUACUGAAAGAAAUCACUCUACUUUUCGCUUAAUAAUAUGUGAGCGCAACAAAGGGCAAGACAAGGGAAAAGCUGCAAUCUAUUUUUUUCUCUGUAGAGUUGCUUGUACGGUUUAUCCGAAACAAGUAAAACUUCUAUUUUAUCACAAUACAGUACAAUUUCAUUUUUAAAUCCGAAGGGGUUCAAAUGUGGUGCCAACCUGAAACCAAAAACCAUAUGCAUUAUCAGCUGUGUACUAGCAUAAAUCUCUCCAGCGAACACACAUCCACCCGCCAGUCACUGUGUGCGUCUGUCUUUUAAGUCUGUCUGCUGCCACUGGUCCUCCUGCAGUUUAAUUCAGGUCAACGUAAAUCUCAGAGUAUUAUCAGGGAUCACUACUGUACAUUUCCACAAAGUUGUGUUUUUACGCUCUCUAGACCACAGUGUUGAAAUUAAAAAUCUGUAUACAUUUUUGCACAUACAGUGUGUACUGUAUGUGUGUAUGUGUGUAAAAAGGCAAAAUAGACCAUUUUAGUGGUUUGUAUUGUUUUAGAAUUCAUUGUGCAAAACUGAAUAAAAAAACAAUAACAGUGAUAAUAAACUAGCUCUAGAAACAA